GAGAAACCUCUGCUGCUGCUGCUGCUACUGCAUUGAGAGAGAGAGAGAGAGAGAGAGAGAGAGAGAGUCAGGCUGAGCGUUAAGGGUGCAGCAUGCUGCUUGGCUCCGGUUCCACUGCCAGCCUUUCCAGCAGCAGUAGCAGCAGCAGCAGCAGCAGAAGCAUCCUCCUCUUGGGCAGCAGCAGCAGCCGCCUUGCAGGGCCAAAAGAGGGGCACGAGGAGGAGGAAGAGGAAGGGGAGGAGGAGGAGGAGGAGGAGGGAGCAGCAUGGCUCGCCUGCCGCUUGGCGCCUGGGGCUGCUUGUGUCUGCUGGGGCUGGCGGUGCCUUGCCUGCUGCAACGCGCCCAGGUGAAGAAGCCCUUCCGAUGCCCGGCCACCUGCAGCAGCUGCACCAAAGAGUCCGUCAUCUGUGUCGGAUCCGCCGGCGUGCCCCGCAGCCUCCCCGGAGACAUCAGCUCCCUGAGCCUGGUCAAUGGAACCUUUGCUGAAAUUAAAGAAAGGAUGUUUUCCCAUCUGCCCUCCCUGCAGUUGCUAUUGAUGAAUUCUAACUCAUUUACGAUUAUACGGGAUGAUGCCUUUGGUGGUCUUUUCCAUUUAGAAUACCUAUUUAUUGAAGGAAACAAAGUAGAGACUAUUUCAAGAAAUGCUUUUCGUGGUCUGCGAGACCUGACACACCUGUCUUUGGCCAAUAACCAGAUUAAAGCUCUGCCAAGAGAUGUUUUCGGUGAUUUAGAUUCUCUGAUUGAAUUAGAUUUAAGGGGAAAUAAGUUUGAGUGUGACUGCAGAGCCAAAUGGUUGUUUUUGUGGUUAAAGAUGACCAAUUCUUCAGUUUCUGAUGUCCUGUGUGUUAGUCCAGAAGAAUUUCAAGACAAGAUGUUAAAUGAUGUCUCAAGUUUUGAUGAUGAAUGUACAACUACAGAUUUUGUGGUUCAUCAGAUUUUACCCUAUGAGUCCGUUUCAGUUGACACAUUCCACUCAAAAAAUGAUGUGUAUGUAGCCAUUGCUCAACCCAGCAUGGAAAAUUGCAUGGUAUUAGAAUGGGAUCACAUUGAGAAGAACUUCAGGAGUUAUGACAACAUUACUGGUCAGUCCAUAGUGGGAUGCAAAGCAAUCUUGAUUGAGGAUCAAGUUUUUGUGGUGGUUGCUCAACUUUUUGGUGGCUCACACAUUUACAAGUAUGAGGAAAACUGGACAAAAUUUGUCAAGUUCCAAGACAUAGAAGUCUCCCGCAUUUCAAAGCCAAAUGAUAUAGAGCUCUUUCAGAUAGAGAGUGAAACCUUCUUUGUCAUCGCAGAUAGCUCGAAAGCUGGGUUAACAACCAUUUAUAAAUGGAACAACAAGGGAUUCUAUUCUUACCAAUCCCUGCACGAAUGGUUUCGGGACACAGACGCUGAGUUUGUUGAUAUAGAUGGAAAAUCUCAUCUGAUCUUGUCAAGCCGCUCACAGAUUCCCAUUAUCCUUCAAUGGAACAAAAAUUCCAAAAAGUUUCUCCCACACAGUGAGAUCCCCAACAUGGAAGACGUGUUGGCUGUGAAAAGCUUUCGAAUAGAAGAUACCCUCUACAUCACACUCACAAGAUUUAUUGGUGACUCAAGAGUAAUGAAGUGGAAUAGCAAACAAUUUGUGGAGAUUCAGGCUCUUCCUUCUCGGGGAGCCAUGACCCUUCAGCCUUUCGCCUUUAAGAGUCAUCAUUACCUAGCCUUGGGAAGUGACUACACUUUCUCCCAAAUUUUCCAGUGGGAUGAGGAGAAGAAGCUCUUUAAAAUAUUUAAGGAGAUCUACGUGCAGGCGCCUCGCUCGUUCACAGCUGUGUCAACAGAUAGAAGAGAUUUUUUCUUUGCUUCUAGUUUUAAAGGCCACACACAAAUAUUUGAACACAUCACUGUUGAUUUGAGUUUAUGAAGAAGCUCUGGGAGCGGGAAAUUCAUACAUAAUGACAUUUUCAUAUUUUAAAACAAGCAGAAAAAAAGAUCAUUCACUUCUUGAAAACAGGAAGUAGCCAUGGUAUUAGUCAGAAGUUUUCUGAAUUUUUUAGAAGUUUGCAUAUUUAAUCAGGGAUUGCAUUAACUUGGAUCUAACUGCAUGCCCACAUUACCAUUGGUAAAGAUACUUUAAGACCUAUUAUUACCCAGAGAGGGAAUGCGAUGCAUUAAAAACAAUUCUAACAAAUCUAAAAGAAUGGUGUAAAAUUGAGGAAAGAAAACCAGAAGAGAUAGGACAGGCCCACACAUUAAAUUAAAGAGGAGCAAAAACUAUUUCUUUGAGCCAAGCUUUCCAGAACUGGAAUGUAAUAAGUGACUCUACACACUUGAUUGUCAUGUCUAAAAGUGACAACAAAGAAAAAAAUGUCUAUCAAGUUCACAAGUGUGGAAAUCAGCCCUUGGCAUUGCAUCAGGAAAUGAAAACAGCUCUAUUUGUUGGCUUUUGG